AUAUCACACCAACUGACUGGUUGUUCUGAUGUUCACACAGGAUACCAUGUUGAGACAUUCUCUACAUCCAGAGAGCAACAGCAGGAAGAUCAGAGAGCUAAGAGGUCUCAUCACUGCCCACAUUGUGAAGAGAUUUUCCCAUUUCUUUCAAAGCUAAAAAUACACCUAAAAAUACAUACAGGAGAGAAGCCUUUCUUCUGCCCUGACUGUGGAACUAGUUUCUCUCAACUUUCCCACUUAAAAUCCCAUGAACUUAUACAUACAGGGGAGAAGCCAUACUCCUGCUCUGACUGUGGAAAAUGUUUUAAAACAUUAUAUGACCUAAAAGUUCAUCAGAGAACACACACAGGAGAGAAGCCUUACGUCUGCUCUGACUGUGGAAAAUGCUUCACAACAUCAACUCAUCUAAAAGUUCAUCAGAGAACACACACAGGAGAGAAGCCUUAUUACUGCUCUGACUGUGGAAAAUGUUUUAAAACAUCAAAUGAGCUAAAAGUUCAUCAGACAACACACACAGGAGAGAAGCCUUUCUUCUGCCCUGACUGUGGAACUAGUUUCUCUCAACUUUCCCACUUAAAAUCACAUGAACGUAUACAUACAGGGGCGAAGCCAUACUCCUGCUCUGACUGUGGAAAAUGUUUUAAAACAUUAUAUGAGCUAAAAGUUCAUCAGAGAACACACACAGGAGAGAAGCCUUACGUCUGCUCUGACUGUGGAAAAUGCUUCACAACAUCAACUCAUCUAAAAGUUCAUCAGAGAACACACACAGGAGAGAAGCCUUAUUACUGCUCUGACUGUGGAAAAUGUUUUAAAACAUCAAAUGAGCUAAAAGUUCAUCAGACAACACACACAGGAGAGAAGCCUUAUUACUGCUCUGACUGUGGACAAUGUUUUAAAACAUCAACUCAGCUAAAGGUUCAUCAGAGAACACACACAGGAGAGAAGCCUUUCUUCUGCUCUGACUGUGGGGUGAGUUUCUCUCAUCUGGGCACCUUAAAAACACACCAACGUAUACACACCGGAGAGAAGCCUUACGUCUGCUCUGACUGUGGAAAAUGCUUCAAAACAUCAACUGAGCUAAAAGUUCAUCAGAGAACACACACAGGAGAGAAGCCGUAUUACUGCUCUGACUGUGGAACUAGUUUCGCUAAAUUUUCCCACUUAAAAACACAUGAACGAAUACAUACAGGAGAGAAGCCUUAUGUCUGCUCUGACUGUGGAAAAUGCUUCAAAACAUCAACUGAGCUAAGAGUUCAUCAGAGAACACACACAGGAGAGAAGCCGUAUUACUGCUCUGACUGUGGAACUAGUUUCUCUAAAUUGUCCGACUUAAAAACACAUGAACGAAUACAUACAGGGGAGAAGCCAUACUCCUGCUCUGACUGUGGAAAAUGUUUUAAAACAUCAAAUGAGCUAAAAGUUAAUCAGAGCACACAUACAGGAGAAAAGCCUUACUCCUGUUCUAACUGUGGGGUGAGUUUCUCUCGACUGGAUACCUUAAAAACACCAACAUAUACAUGAGGAGAGAAGCCAUACUCCUGCUCUGCCUGUGUAAAAUGCUUCAAAACAGCAACUGAGCUAAAAGUUGAUCAGAGAACACGCGCAUGAGAGAAGCCUGCUUACAUCUUCUCUGACUUUUGGGUGAGUUUCUCUCACCAUAGCAACUUAACACACCAAUGUAUACACACAGGGGAGGAUCCUUACUCCUGCUCUGUGGAGGGGUGGGCGUGUAAGUCAAACGUCUAGCCAAAGGCUGCGU